AUGUGCUCUGUUACUGUUAGGUUGAGUACAACAUUCAAUGAAGUUAGUGUUUACCCUAUUCUUGCAGCACUUUAUCUUGUCAAGAAUUUACUUCAGUAUUACAUCUUUGCAUAUGUGGAUGCUCCCGGGUUAAGCGAAACUCAAUGGGCUGCUUUCAUCCUAUUGUGUGCAGGGUGCACCACAGCACAACUAAAUUCUUUUUCUGAUCAUGCCCUGCAGACUUCUUUCCAAGGUUGGGUAAUGGCCAUUGUCAUGGCACUUCUAAGCGGUUUUGCAUGA